AAUUAAUAUAGUUAAGACAGCAGGAAGUUUUGUUGCGAAAAAGGAAAAAAUAAAGAAAAUUUUCUAAAUAACUAAAUUAAACGAAAAAGUGAAUAAAUAUUAUUGAAAAAAAAAUUUAUAUUAAUCCAAUAAACGAAAGGGUCUAAAUUGUGUUAUACAAUCACCAGAAAAUUUCGUUAAAUUUGGGAACUGUUUUAUCAACCGAAAGUAAUUGCUUGAAACAGACAAAAGCCUUGACGAUAUUUGUAUAAAAAAGGCCCUGUGAAAACAAUUGUUGGCAUUAACUAUAUAACUGCCCUCAUAUUGCUAGAAAUAUUGACAAUAUUGACAAACAAAAAGUCUAAAAGACAAGGCCAACAACACCCUCUUUAGAGCAAAGUUCCGUAGCAGAUAUUCGAGCUUAUUUGGCUGCCUUUUAUGAACGACUGCUGCUGCCUCCUCGACUGCAUAACAAAAGAAUUUUAAUUUUAAAGAAAUUAUUUUGUAGUUUUAAACCACAAUAACAAAAAGGCAAUUGUAUUUAACACAUUUUGUUACACACACACUUAAAAGUACCCCCCAAAAAAAGUACUAAACAAAAAGUACCUUUAAACCAAAUACCCCUACUCUCUAACUAAAAAGAAAAGAAACAAAGGUUCCCCUUAAAAAACACACACACAUACCUUCGCUCUCAUAAAUAAUCUCCUCUAAAAACAACCACCACCUCCCCCUGAUCAUACCUAUCUGCUUUAAAAACAAAAGAGAAACAUGGCUCUUACCUAUGGUGUGCGUCCCCCGCGUGUACGUCACAUGCUACAAUCGACAUAUGAAGACAACUAUGGCUACACUAUGAACUUCUAUCAGCCAAUGAUGGACUACUUGGAUGCAAAAACGAAAAGUUUGCAGGUAAAACCACCACACUUGCCGUGGACCAGUGAACGCGGCCUCAAACAAUAUCGACCCUCGAACGCUAUACGCCGUUAUAAUACCGACGAAAUCUUACGACUAUCGCGUGCAUGUGCGGCCAGGGCAGAUGAGAUUUUAUUAGAUUUUCGCGUUAAGAAACGUUCACCAUUCAGUGUUAUUAAGUUAGCCGACGCAGCGCGUGUUACUAAGCAUAUUGCUCCCGAUACGGUACUAGAUAGAUCGCGUGAACGUCGUCAACGUCGCCAAAGAGAAUUAGAGGAUCUUAUACGUCAAGAUACCAUUAAAUUACUCCAUCGUAUUCGUAGAAUGGAAUUAGACGCCGGCGAAAUGACAAAGGAAUUUAAACGUCAAAUACGCGGUAAAUCGGCUCAGGCCAUUGCUCAGGCUCUGCUGUCCGAAUCCGAGCGUAAUAUUAAACAAUCGAAAAGGGAAGAAGAGGAUUAUAUGGCUCAGGCCAUGGUCCGCUCUAGCCGUGCUGUAUCGCGUUUACGUUCAACUUCUCCGGAAGGAGGUCGUAUCUCCGCUCACACAUAUCAUAUUGAAAUGAUGGACGAUCGUAUGGUCGAUAAACUUGAUCAUAGAGUAUCGUCCUCGUUGUAUAAUGUUAAGCGUCAAUUGUCGUCGUUGAAUCAAAAAACCGUCGAAUUUUAUGCUGAUUCCAGCAAACAAACUUCCAUCGAAAUCGAACAAUUGAACGCUCGCGUUAUUGAAGCCGAAACCCGCUUGAAGACCGAAGUCCAACGCAUCAAGAAGAAGUUGCAAAUCCAAAUCACCGAAUUGGAAAUGUCCUUGGAUGUUGCCAACAAAACCAACAUUGAUUUGCAAAAGGUUAUUAAGAAACAAUCCUUGCAAUUGACCGAAUUGCAAGCCCACUACGAAGACGUUCAACGUCAAUUGCAAUCCACCUUGGAUCAAUACGGUGUUGCUCAACGUCGUUUGGCCGGUUUGAACGGUGAAUUGGAAGAAGUACGCUCUCAAUUGGACAGCGCUCAACGUGCUAAGCGUACCGUUGAAUUGCAAUUCGAAGAAGCAACCCGCAUCAAUGAAUUGCACACCACCAACAUUAACUUGGUAUCGAUCAAAUCGAAAUUGGAACAAGAAUUGUCUGUUGUUGCUGCCGAUUACGAAGAAGUCACCAAGGAAUUGCGCAUCAGUGACGAACGUUACCAAAAGGUUCAAGUUGAACUUAAACACACCAUUGAACAAGUCCAUGAAGAACAAGAACGCAUUGUCAAAUUGGAAACCAUCAAGAAGUCCUUGGAAGUCGAAGUCAAGAACUUGUCCAUUCGCUUGGAAGAAGUUGAAUUGAAUGCCGUUGCUGGUAGCAAACGUAUCAUCAGCAAAUUGGAAGCCCGUGUUCGUGAUUUGGAACUUGAAUUGGAAGAAGAAAAGAGAAGACACGCCGAAACCAUCAAGAUCUUGAGAAAGAAGGAACGCACCGUCAAGGAAGUCAUGGUACAAUGCGAAGAAGAUCAAAAGAACAUUAUUUUGUUGCAAGAAGCUUUGGACAAAUCCACUGCCAAGGUCAAUCUCUUCAAGCGUCAAUUGGCUGAACAAGAGGGCAUGUCUCAACACACCGUCACCCGCGUACGCCGUUUCCAACGUGAAUUGGAAGCUGCUGAAGAUCGUGCCGAAUGCGCUGAAACCAACUUGAACAUGAUCCGUGCCAAGCACCGCACUUUCGUCACCACCUCCACCGUUCCCGGCUCCCAAGUCUACAUUCAAGAAACCACAAGAACGAUCACCGAAUAAAUCUAAUUUAUUUAAUUUUUUACCUUUAAACAAGAGAUGAAUCGCUUUAUCACUUCUUUAAAAAAAACAAACUCUUAUCAAGUUUUUAUUGCCCGAACUAUUUCUGAUAUAUUUUUCUAAAACAUCCAUUACACAAUAAUAGUUCACUACUUCUAACAUCCGAAGUCCUGAUAAUGAGAACAAUUGUAUUUUAAUUUAAUUUUAAUGAACCAAAACCUACCAAAAAAAAAUGAACAACAAAUAAUUUUUAAAUUUAAGAAUUAUAAUAAUAUUAAUUUAAAAAAAAAAUAAAAACAAUAAACAUCAAUUACAACAACAUCUAAAAAAUCACACACA